CAUCGGUCUACGUUUCUAUAAUAGUCUUUGCUACAACAGCAGCAUGAAAAUAGAGUUUUGUUAUUUUUUCUCGGCUUAUCUCUUCGUUUAACUUUAUUUUCCCUCGCCGUAACGAAUAUUUACUUGUGAUCAAUUGACUUUAGUGUUUGUGGUUCACAUUUCAAGUUGAUUAGACCGACGUUAUCCCAGUGAAGGCUUACGUGGCUAGCUAGGCUAACAAGUGAGGCUAGCAACGUCAGCUGCCUUGUUUAGCUGGUUGAGAUAGCUAGGUGUCUAGUUUUGCUCAGUUCAAAUUAGCAAGCGAGUCAACUACAGUUUGACCAGUUAUAUUUUCUGAAGACAGAUAACGCCUGGUUAUGGUUGAAGUUUCUGGAAACAGCUAGCUAGUAGCUAGGUAGCCUGUCAUACUUGUUCAUUCUGGCUGGGAAUAUUGAGCUGUCCACCCAACCUUAGCUAACCAUUCACCACCUGGCAAAUAAUCACCAUGGACUUCGAAAAUGUCUUGUCAAUCGCCUCCCAAAACCAGGGUCUCAGUAGCGUACCGGUGAGAAUAAAAGCUUUUGCUAACAUUACUGCAUAUUUGUAAAUUAUAUAACGUUAUGAUUACAACCAGUCAAUCAGCUAGCUAACUAGUCUGCUCAAUGUCUCCAUAGCGUUUAUCAACUCUGCUAAGUGACAUCCACGUUGGCUGUCAUUCGUUGAGCUUGCUGACCAGAAUGGGUGCUAGCUAGCCAUUCGUUUGGGAAUGUGUCAACUAUUCAGCUUUCUAGCUAGUUAACCAUGUUGGUAGUGCCUAGUGGUGGAGGUGAGGCCCGGCCUUAUAACUUUGGACAUGGCCUUAUAUGUUACACUAACGUUAAUAUUUUAAAACGUGGUGGAAUGUAUUAACAUAGGUAUCUAGUGACUUAUUUAUGGACGUGAUAGCAGCUAAUGUAGCCUUGCUUGAGAAUAUACAUUUCUCCCAAGGCAGGAAAUAAGGAUUUUUGUCUUAGGUAUCCCAAACUUUUUUUAAAUGAGUAAUUUCUCAAACGACUAGUAUAUUACACAACUAACCAUUCCAUGUUAAUCUGUUUUAUUCAAUCUUUUCAUUUCGCAUUUCUUUGCAGAAGCGGUACAGCUUACAAACUGGACCACCCAAAAAGGACCCUAAAGUGAAAGGUGUCAACUCAGCAGCUGUGCAGGCUUUCCUAAAGAAACAAGAGAUGGAGAGUAAAAAGAAAGGUUUGUUUUAAAAUCGUUGUCGCUGUAUUUAAUAAAGGUGUGAAAUUAUGUUGCUUUUUUAUGCUGAUGCAUAUAAUAUGCUCAUUUGAGUUAAUUGAAAUGUGUUGUAAUGUUUUCCACAGAGGCCAUGAGUAUGAAAAAGAAAGAGGGGCUUCUCGCCAAAAGGGUAGAGCUAAAGUCUGACCGCAAGGCUCGAGCGAUGGCGUCUCGAACCAAGGACAACUUCAGGGGCUACAACGGCAUCCCUGUGGUGGAGGAACCCAAGAAGAGGAGAUCAAAGGGGGAAAGGGGCGAAGAGCAGCAGAGGAGCGACACUUACGAUGAAGAUGAUGAGGACAACUACGAAUACGCGCAGACUGACUCUGAGCCCGAGCCAGAACCGGAACCCCAGAGACCCAGACAGGCUGCUCCCAACUCCAAGCCCUCAAAGAGACCCAGCGGACCGUCUAAACCCACCCCUCCACCCAUGAACUUUGCCGAGCUGCUCAAACUGGCCCAGAAGAAGCAGUUUGAGCCGGUGGAGGUGAAGGCCAAGCCGAGCAAGAAGAGCGAGCCGGAGAGGCUUCGGACGGCAGAUGAGAUACGGGAGCUGGAGCUGGAACGCAAGGCUAAGAGACCGGAUAAAGGUAGCAGAGACUCCAGGCCCCAGGAGAGAGACCGAGAUAGAGAUGGGGACAGACAUAAGGACAGAGAUAGGAACAGAGAUGGAGGAGACAAAUCCCAGGCCAGCUCGAGCUCCUCAAGGAAAAGCACUUCCGACAGAGACGUAAGGAACGGGAAGCAGCCACACAAGAGCUUGUCGGAGAGGCCCGCCCCCAGUGGGUCGGGGAGGAAGCCAAAGCCCCCGCUGCCAUCUUGCUCGUCGAGCGAGAGAAGCCACCACGGUUCUGCCAAGCCGUCACAGGACAGAGACAGAGACCGAAAUAGAGAGAAGCCCAAAGCAAAACCUUCUCAGAGCUCCUCUUCCAGCUUGUCAGGUGCCUUAAGCAGCAAAGCCCCCACCAAAGGAGCCUUCUCUCAGGUCUCAGCCAAACACCCCACACCCAGGCCCUCCUCAGCAGGCCACAAACCCACCGCCACAAGUGACCUUAACACCCCCAGGAAGGGAAACCCCUCACUACCUCCGGGGCGACCCAGCAGCUCCGGGAUGAGACCCAGCACAGCUCCGAGUUCAGUCCAGGCUAGACCACAGGCUUUGGGCCAAAGCAGAUCACAGCAAGGGGGCUCUUUGGGGCAGGCUCGAGCCAGCCAGGGCAGCUCAGGAAGGGGAGGACCCUCCAGAUCCGGAAAGGGAGAACCGGCGCGACCUGGUGGUAGCUCCACGGCAAGACCAGGGAGUAACGGACAGAUGAGACCCACAGCAGGCGGUCCUCCCAGGCCAGGGGGCCCACCUCAGGCCAGGCCGGGUGGCGGUAGUGUCCAGGGUCGCCUUGGUGACGGAGGGGUCAGACCUCCAGGGAACGCACCCAAUCGGCCUGGGGGUGAGGGACUCGUGCCAAGGCGGCCACCCAUCAGUAUGGGCUCUGGGCCUGGGAGACCCAAGUGCACUUUGGUUGCCGAGACCAUCUCAUCCAAGACCUUUGGUGGAGGCAGGGGAGCGCCCCAGAGGCCAGGCAUUCCACCUAGGCCAGGCAUGCCACCUAGUAGGCCAGGCAUGCCACCUAGUAGGCCAGGCAUGCCACCUAGUAGGCCAGGCAUGCCACCUAGUAGGCCAGGGAUGCCACCUAGUAGGCCAGGGAUGCCACCUAGACCUGGCAUGCAGCCCAGACCAAUGAUGACACCGCAAGGUAAGGACCAGAAGGAGAAAAUAUUAGACCUGACAGCGAGCUAAUCUAAAAUAUUUAGUGUGACGGUUUCAGCUCCGUUGGCGCAAGGUCGUAAAGGAUGUCACUCUAUGACAAUACAGAAUAAAUAAGUACUAAUAUGAAACACAUUAGGGGGGUAAAAACACUAUAAUAAAGCUAAUGUCUUGGCCUGUAGUGCUGUGUGGAAGACAUGAGCACUGCAAAUCUGGGGAACAAUGAAUAGAGCCAAAAACAGGCAAUUCCUUGAUGAGAACCUGCUUCAGAGUGCAAACAACCAUAGGUGCUUCUAAAAAGUAUUGACUCGGGUGUGAAUAAUGUAAAUUAGAUAAUUCUGUAUUUAAUUUUCAAUACAUUUGGAAACAUUUCUAAAAACAUGUUUUCACUUUGUCAUUAUGGGGUAUUGUGUGUAGAUGGGUGAGAAAAAAAAUAUUUAAACCAAUUUGAAUUCAGGCAGUAUCACAACAAAAUAUGGAAUAAGUCAAGGGGUAUGAAUACUUUCAGAAGGCACUGUAUAGAAAUAUACUUCAUUUGGGGCUGGCUUCCCGGACACAGAUCAAGUCUUGGACCAAAAGACACUUUCAAUUGAGAAUCUUCAUUGAGCAUGCUUUUUAGUCCAGGACUAGGCUUAAUCUGUGUCUGGGAAACCAGCCCAUAGGAUGAGAAAUACUUCAAUCAAGAAUGACGUGCAAUAUACUGUUCUAUAUGUUGUCAAAUGUAGUAAAUUACGACCAAACCAACCAUUUAUACUAUAUAGGACAUUUUACUGAAGUCGAUAACGACAAGUUACUGACCUUUACUUUACUUUAGGAAUGUGAGGUUUAAAAUGAAUGAGGACUAAGUAAGUCUUCUGAUAUGGGCUAUUGCUAACAGGACAUUUGAUAACAUUUUAAAGUAGCAGGAGUAGUUUGAAUGGUCAUUUAAACUUUUAUUAUUUACCUUUAUUUAACCAGGUAAGCCAGUUGAGAACAGGUUCUCAUUUACAACUGCGACCUGGCCAAGAUAAAGCAAAGCAGUGCGAUACAUUUUUUUCAAUGAAGAACAAUUGUGGGACUUAAGUGUUUUUGUGGUAGUGGAAUAAUUUGAAAACGUCUUACUUAAGUGAAGCAGUUAAAUUUAGUAACAUAAUUGGUCUGAUUACUUUGAUAGAUUACUAUAUCAACCUUAUUACUUUGGACUUAUGGGCAGUUAUAUCACACAUUUUAAUCAGAAAUAACUAUACUGACUACUACACUUUUAUACACUCUCCUACUAGAAUACGACAGUAUAUGAAAACUGUAAUAAUGGAGUACAGAAGACGAGCUAUUGAUGAAGUUAAAAAUGAAUUAAGAAACCUUAUUUUAUCACUAUGGUUUGGACGAUAGCAGGAUGUUCUUGAAGUCCUCUCUGGGCUGGAGGAUGAGUGGGAAGAGGGACAAACUGGCAGGAGAGGGGCACCCCUUCCCUCGGAGCACCUCUGCCCCCAGGGGGACACAUAAAUCAAGUCGAGUUGAAUUUGAAUCUACUUGAAGUUAUAAACAAAGAAAAUUGAUAGUAUUUGCUGGAAAUGUUCAUGACAUGAUUUUGUCUGACUUACGUAAUCGGACAGGGACACAGAAGAUUGUGUGGAUUAUUCUUUAGACCUGUUAACAAAGAAAAGUGUGUGUGUGUGUCAGACCUAUGUUCAAAUACUAUACUUUGAGUGUUUUCUCUAGCCUGCCUGGAGUGUCAGAUGGGCGAGGUUUGCAAUUUUGGGACUAUUUUAAGCCAGGCACGCUCAAUCAAGCAAAUAUAAAAUGUGUGUGAGGGUACAUGUAGUGGUACUCCGUAAGAAUAAGGGGAGAUACUGAUAAGACUUCUCAUUCAUUGGAAUACAACAGACAAUCAAAGCAAUGCCUCAAACAUUCAUAUCCUUAUGGGAAUGUGAUUUUUGCAUACUCACCUUUUAACCAAUGGAUUUGUGGACAAAAUGGAGCUGCAAAUGAGACAUUUACUUUUUCUCAUGCACAAAACACAAAUAUUUUUGCUACAGCAGGUUAAUUAGCCUACAUGUUAUUAUUUAGCCAUCAUUAGCCCUAUCCUUUGUUGUCCUAUAAUCAACAAUUACUUUAGAUUUAGUGUUCAUCAGUAUCUAUUAGGAUCUGUAAUGAUCCCAGUGUUGUCCAUUGAAAAAAUAUGUAAGCUAACUUGGCAAACAAUGUCUAUGAUAGCUAGCUAACUUGCUCAUAAACACAUUUUCUACAUAGACAACACACACACACAUCAAUAUUAUGGUCCCUAAACAUGUCCACAUAACAUUUUGAUCUGAGUUAGCACGAUUACUGAUGUGCAGUGAGAGACCAGCUUGACAAAAUGUUGCUAUGGCUACCAGGGAAGUGUCACCAAUGACGUAAUCUCAUUCCCAGAUUCUUCCGCCUGGGGAUGAGGUUAUCGACGAAGUUACAUGACUGUUCGUGACCCUUGGCUCAAAAGCAAACUUUCCUCUGCUGGACAGAUGUCCCCUCUCAUACCUUUUCUGUGGGGUGCCUAUGAAAACUUAAUAAUUUGUGUAAACCACAGGAACUGAUUUGUCAUUUAAAUAAAAUAAUUGUACUAGGCUCUUCCUGAUUUUCUCUGGUCAAACCGGAAGUUGUUUAAAAAAGCUGAGAGGAAAAGUUGUUGUUAUUACUAAAACAGCUGUAUCGUUUGAUUGGGUGAAGAUAUUUAUGUUCAGAUUUGAAUAGCAGAAAAUGUCAUGCUUUUGUCUAAGUUGUUGGGAAAGUGGUCAAAACGACAGUAGGCUAAUUUGUAGUUAACAUUUAAUUGAGAAGGUUUUUGGGAAAGCCUUUCCAUCUCUACCAGAAGAAGGUUAUCAGUAUCAUCACUAACGACUACACAAAGUGUAGAUAUACGCGCGCAUCGCACACACACACACACACACACACACACACACACACACACACAGGGUCAUUCCUGUGCCAUUUCAGAAGGUUGCAGGAAAAUAUGAAUCGCUGAUGCAUUUUGUUCAAGUCUAAUGAUUAACAUGGGCAAAUUAAUGCAUUUUUAAAAUAAAAUACAUUUAGUUGAUUUCCUACUAAGUUCAAUACAUUCUUUUAAUUUUGUUGAAUUCCUAUAGUUACUCUAUAGUCUAUGCCGGGAGGGCGGUGGGGGGGUUCUACUAAGCUAACGUAUGAAAUUGUUAUAAAAUGGUCAUGCCAAGGAUCAUUUAGCUAUUUGAUUUUGAAUUUUAACAGCGCUUAAGGUAUCCCAAAAUAUAUUUAAAGAAAUUAUUUGAUGAAACAUUGAAUUCGGUGUUACUGCUAUUACCCCAUAGAAACGCAUUGAAUAACAGAUUCACUACAUGGAACAACAGAUAGUCCCCCCAAAAAUGUAAAGGAAGUUUGUUCUGAAGUGGCUGUCCUAUAUCUGAGAGGGUUCAUAAUAGUUUGUAGACCAAACCGUUCCGACGCUAGACGUUUUUGUGACUAGACCAAUUUUCGGGAUGUCUCAUGGUCUGACAAAUCGCCAAUAUCGCGGAAGGGCGAUAUCGGUGGAUGCGGUGGAUUGAGACACCUCAUGCAAAAAAAUAUCUCUAGCUUAGAUGGAUUUUUAAAAAUAUGUUAAUUAGGUUUCCACGGGCCUGUGGAAAUUGUAGGAGAAGGGUUAAUGUCUGGAUUCCUUGAUUCCAUCCACGUUUUCUGCAAUGCUGAUUUUAUAGGGCCCUACAUCCUGAGAUUCAUUAUUUGAAAUAUAAUUGUUAAUUUUUUUACCAUGAGCAUGUAGACUGUAAAAAAUAUAUUUUGCUUUCACAACUUAAAGUAUUGGACUAAUUGUUUUUUUUACACUAACAUGAAGACCGAACUAAUGCAAGCAGUGAAAUGGUGAUACAAAUGUUUUGGUCAAGAUUCAUACCUGAGCGAUGUCUCUAGUGUAGUGUACCCUCUCUCCUGAAACAACCUCAAGAUGGGCUUUCUUUCUCGACCUGGACACCAGAUCCUUGUUGAAGUCGCCACAGACAAUGAUCGGUUCGGUGCCUUUAAACUAUGACAAUGGAAGGAGUGUGUGUGUACUGGUUUCAAUGUGUUUGUGACUGAGUUAGCAGGGCUAUUAAUGCACAGUGAGACAAAAUGUUGCUAUGGUACCCUGGGAAGUGUCAACAACAAAGUUAAAUUACAGUUUGUGCUAUGAAAUAAAUACUGUACUCUGACCCACAACUUCAUUUGUAGAUUCAUGAGAAAAAGCAAGGAAAGUUAACUUAACGUGAUGUCGUUUUAUUGGAAUUUGCAGCUGUUGGUAAUGAUUCUGCUAAAUUCAGACUUAACUUACUGCAUCUUUAAUGAAAGCCGUUGAUGUGGUUACUAUAACAGCUGUACCGUAUGAUUGGUAGAAUAUAUUUAUGUCCUGAUUUCAGAUUUGAAUAGCAGAGAAGUAACUUUGUCUAACUUGUUGGGAAAGUGGUCAGAAUUUCAGUUUGUUAAAAGUAGCAUUUUUUUUGGGUUGACGCUAUUAAAACCGCUGUAUUGUUAGAUUGAUAGACAUGUUUGUUCUGAUUUCAGUCUGUUGUUGGGAAAGUGAUCAAAAUAGCUGAUUUGUGUCAAAUGUUGCAUUGUUUACAGUGAAUAGAAUGUUGAGUCAUAAUGUGCCCUUUAGAAUGUUGAGGAAUUCCCUUUUUAAAGUGGAUGGAGUACAAAAAACAAUGGUUUAAAAAGUAUAAAAAAGAUAUCAAAGCACACUAUUCCAGACCAGUCUACACGUUUUAAAGUUUGAAUGGUGUUUCUAGCUUAAACGGUGUAAGAAGAGUGGCGUUCCAAAGAAUAAUAAUAACUAUGUUAGACGUAUGACAAAGAUUUAGAGUGGGAUGUUUGCUGUCGCAAGUCCCACUAAAAAGUAACUGGUGCUUAUACAUUUUUAAAACGUAUCGUUAAAUUUAUCGUUACGAUAAUUCAGUCAAUUUAUUGUGAUAUGGAUUUUUGUCCAAAUUGCCCAGCUCUAAUGGUCAGCCUCCCUUCCCCCAUUCUAGACCUCUCUUACACAGGCAUAUUUUCCAGGGUGUGUUCACUAGGAAGCAAACGGAAGUAAGUGGACCGAAACGGGAAGGGACUACCCGGAUUUGAAAUAAACACUUGUUUUCGUUUUCCGUUGCAAAAGGUGUUGCUAUUGUGCAAAACGUUUUACCACUGUGUGCACUAAUGAAUACACCUCUGUUCUCCCCAGGCACAAUUCGUUCACCAAUCACCUCUGCCUACAAGAGGAAGUACGAGGACGAGGAGGAGUACGACUCUGAGAUGGAGGACUUCAUCGACGAUGAAGGGGAGGACCAAGACACAAUCUCCAAACACAUCAAGGAAAUCUUUGGCUACGACCGGACCAAGUAAGGCUCUCUCACGCUCACACACACACACACACACACACACACACACACACACACACACACACACACACACACACACACACACACACACACACAGAGACAGUAUGGUUGUACUGACCUUGUGGGGACACAAUUGAUUCCCAUAUAAAAUCCUAUUUUCCAGAACCCUAACCUUUAACCCUAAUUCUAACCCUAAACCCCCUAGAAACACACAUACACUGUCAAGGUCUUCUUCAAAUAACCCUAGAAGUGUGAUGGCUGUUUUUAAAGAUCGAUGGAGGUUGUCUAUAGUUAUGUCCUCUGCUUGUUUGAAGUUCCCAGUUAACUGCUUUUCACUAGUGUUUAAGCUUUUUGAAGUCACUCAAAAGGACUUGGUGUAGCUUGUGGUUUGUUCCAUUCUACUUCAAGGUCCUGAGUAAUGUGUUUUGUGUGCUUUUCUGCCGUAGAUACAAAGAGGAGAGUGACUAUGCAUUAAAGUUCAUGGAGAGCAGUUGGAGGGACCAGCAAAAAGAGGAGGCUAGGAGGUAAGCCGUUGGUGGGGGAGAUGGACUGGUCCAAAAACAACCGCUAGUCCCUACCCCUUUGGUGUACCCAUCAAUCUAUUGUUUACAUUUAACAUGCCCUUUCAAAUCUGCUAAUAUCCCAGGAGAAGGGGCUAUAGGUUUGGAUCCGGCACCAGAAUGUUGUUCUCUUUAUGACAAUUGACAAACCCACAGGGUGUUAAAUUGGGUCCACUUGACUUGAGUACAUAAUACACAGUUGGCAGUUAGGGCUGUCCCUGACUAAAGAAAAUCUUGGUCAACCGAGAUUUUAUUUCGGCAAAUUGAUUGGUCGACACUUUUAAACGUGUAUUAUUCCAUAUACAGUGCCUUUGGAAAGUAUUCAGACCCCUUGACUUUUUCCACAUUUUGUUACAGUACAGCUUUAUUCUAAAAUUGAUUCAAUAGUUUUUUCCCCCUCAUCAUUCUACACACAAUACCCCACAAUGAGAAAGCAAAAACAGAUUUGUAGAAAUUUUAGCAAAUGUAUUACAAAUAAAAAAACAAAUCACAUUUACACAAGUAUUCAGACCCUUUAUUGAGUACUUUGUUGAAGCACCUUUGGAAGCGAUCACAGCAUCAAGUCUUAUUGGGUAUGACGCUACAAGCUUGGCACACCUGUAUUUGGGGAGUUUCUCCCAUUCUUCUCUGCAGAUCCUCUCAAGCUCUGUCAGGUUGGAUGGGGAGCGUCGCUGCACAGCUAUUUUUAGGUCUCUCCAGAGAUGUUCGAUCAGGUUCAAGUCCGGCCUCUGGCUAGGCCACUCAAGGACAUUCAGAGACUUGUCCCGAAACCAAUCCUGCGUUGUCUUGGCUGUGUGCUUAGGGUCGUUGUCCUGUUGGAAGGUGAACCUUCGUCCCAGUCUGAGGUCCUGAGCGCUCUGGAGCAGGUUUUCAUCAAGGAUUUAUCUUUCCCUCGAUCCUGACAAAUCUCCCAGUCCCUGCCGCUAAAAAACAUCCCCACAUCAUGAUGCUGCCACCACCAUGCUUCACCGUAGGGAUGGUGCCAGGUUUCAUUCAGACGUGAUGCAUUCAGACGUGAUGCUUGGCAUUCAGGCCAAUGCGUUCAAUCUUAGUUUCAUCAGACCAGAGAAUCUUGUUUCUCAUGGUCUGAGAGUCCUUUAAGUGCCUUUUGGCAAAUUCCAAGCGGGCUGUCAUGCCUUUUACUGAGGAGUGGCUUCCGUCUGGCCACUCUACCAUAAAGGCCUGAUUGGUGGAGUGCCGCAGAGGUGGUUGUCCUUCUGGAAGGUUUUCCCAUCUCCACAGAGGAACUCUUGAGCUUUUUCAGAGUCACCAUUGGGUUCUUGGUCACCUCUCUUACUAAGUCCCUUCUCUCCGGAUUGCUCAGUUGGGCGGGGCGGCCAGCUCUAGGAAGUCUUGGUGGUUCCAAACUUCUUCCAUUUAAGAAUGAUGGUGGCCACUGUGUUCUUAGGGACCUUCAAUGCUGCAGAAAUGUUUUGGUACCCUUCCCCAGAUCUGUGCCUCGAUACUGUCCUGUUUCGCAGCUCUACGGACAAUUCCUUCGACCUCAUGGCUUGGUUUUUGCUCUGACAUGCACUGUCAACUGUGGGACCUUAUAUAGACAGGUCUGUGCCUUUCCAAAUCAUGUCCAAGCAAUUGAAUUUACCACUGGUGGACUCCAAUCGAGUUGUGAAUUAUCAAUGGAAACAGGAUGCACCUGAGCUCAAUUUCGAGUCUCAUAGCAAAGGGUCUGAAUUCUUACGUAAAUGUUUUUUAAAUUUUUUAUACAUUUUCCUAAACUGUUUUUGCUUUGUCAUUAUGGGGUAUUGUGUGUAGAUAGAGGAGUAUUAUUUUUUAAUCCAUUUUAGAAUAAGCCUUUAACGUAACAAAAUGUGGAAAAAGUCAAGGGGUCUGAAUACUUUACAAAUGCACUGUAGGUUUAUAUACCAACGCAAGUAACUUCUCUUGCAAACUAGGUAAAAAUACCCUACAUAAAGCCUACAAAUAAAAACAUUACAGGUAGAAAAUAUCCAGAUAAAAAUAAAUAUCCUAUAAAUCACAUUGACUACAGAUGGCAGUUUGUUCAUUUUCUUUCAAUCGCAUCGCUCUACUCCGCUUCUCUGCAACGAACUAUCAACUGGGUCGGUCCAAAGCUCGCGCUAGUAGGCAGGGCAAUCCUGAUUAGGUGAUUUCUGGUAUAUUAUCAAAAUAAAUCAAUCACAACAUGUUUUUGGACUCAUUCAGCAGUUUUUACCAGAUUUAAGUACAAUACCAUUGGAAAUUAUUUUUCAAAGUUACAUUUUAUAUUCUUAAAACUUAAGUUGAAAAUCAUGCUGUCACUGCUUCCUGUUGACAAGACAUUUUGAUCGAUAGCCAUAUUGCAAAACACAGCUUUAACGUGUCCAAAUCAAUAACCAAUAUGCAGAAACAGUUCGUGAUAUAUUGAAAACCUAAAAUGUACACGUGCAAUUAUAAUAUUACUUUUUUUUUUUUAAACAAGCACCCUAUAAACUAUACGCGUUCUUGAAACUAACACAACUAAAAUAACACAUGGAAACGGGAGAUACAGUGCUGUGAAAAAGUAUUUGCCCCCUUUCUAAUUUUCUCUACUUUUGCAUAUUUGUGAUACUGAAUGUUAUCAGAUCUUCAACCAAAACCUAAUAUUAGAUAAAGGGAACAUAGGUGGACAAAUAACACAACAAUCACAUAUUUAUUUAAUUUAUUUCAUAAACAAAGUUAUGCAACACCCAAUUCCCCUGUGUGAAAAAGUAAUUGCCCCCUUACACUCAAUAACUGGUUGUGCCACCUUUAGCUGCAAUGACUCAAACCAAAUGCUUCCUGUAGUUGUUGAUCAGUCUCUCACGUCGCUGUGGAGGAAUUUUGGCCCACUCUUCCAUGCAGAACUGCUUUAACUCAGUGAUGUGUGGGUUUUCAAGCAUGAACUACUUGUUUCAAGUCCUGCCACAACAUCUCAAUGGGAUUAGGUCUGGACUUUGACUAGGCCAUUCCAAAACUUCCAAUUUGUUGCUUUUUAGCAAUUUUCAUGUAGACUUGAUUGUGUGUUUUGGAUCAUUGUCUUGCUGCAUGACCCAGCUGCGCUUCAGCUCACAGACGGAUGGUCUGACAUUCUCCUGUAGAAUUCUCUGAUACAGAGCAGAAUUCAUGGUUCCUUCUAUUAAGGCAAGUUGUCCAGGUCCUGAGGCAGCAAAGCAUCCCCAAACCAUCACACCACCACCAUGUCGUCCAAAAAGUUAUACUUUUGAAUCAUCUGUCCAUAGAACGUUCUUCCAAGAUUCUUGAUGAUCAUCCAGCCUCCGGUAAGACAAGGGGUGGUGGUCUGUGUAUAUUUGUAAACAACAGCUGGUACACAAAAUCUAAUAUUACGGAAGUUUUGAUCGCCUGAGGUAGAGUAUAUCAUGAUAAGCUGUAGACCACACUAUUUACCAAGAGAGUUUGUAUCUAUAUUUUUCUUAGCUGUCUACUUACCACCACAAACCGAUGCUGGCACUAAGACCGCACUCAAUUAGCUGUAUAAGGCCAUAAGCAAACAGAAAAACGCUCAUCCAGAGGUGGCGCUCCUAGUGCCCGGGGACUUUAAUGCAGGGAAACUUAAAUCCGUUCUACCUUAUUUUUACUAGCAUGUUAAAUGUGCAACCAGAGGGAAAAAAACUUAAACCAUCUUUACUCCACUAGCUAAAUUACUUCUAUGCUCGCUUCGAGGCAAGCAACACUGAAGCAUGCAUGAUAGCAUCAGCUGUUCCGGACGACUGUGUGAUCACGCUCUCCGUAGCCGAUGGGAGUAAGAUAUUUUUAAACAGGUCAACAUUCACAAGGCUGCAGGGCCAGACGGAUUACCAGGACGUGUACUCUGAGUAUGCGCUGACCAACUGGCAAGUGUCUUCACUGACAUUUUCAACCUGUCCAUGACUGAGUCUGUAAUACCAACAUGUUUCAAGCAGACCACCAUAGUCCCUGUUCCCAAGAACACAAAGGUAACCUGCCUGAAUGACUACUGACCCGUAGCACUCACGUCUGUAGCCAUGAAGUGCUUUGAAAGGCUGGUCAUGGCUCACAUCAACACCAUUAUCCCAGAAACCCUAGACCCACUCCAAUUUGCAUACCCCCCCAACAGAUCCACAGGUGAUGCAAUCUCUCUUGCACUCCAGACUUCCAUUUCCUACCUGGACAAAAGGACAGCUACGUGAGAAUGCUAUUCAUUGACUACAGCUCAGCGUUCAACACCAUAGUGCCCUCAAAGCUCAUCACUAAGCUAAGGACCCUGGGACUAAACACCUCCCUCUGCAACUGGAUCCUGGACUUCCUGACGGGCCACCCCCAAGUGGUAAGGGUAGGUAAUAACACAUCUGCAACGCUGAUCCUCAACACGGGGGCCCCUCAGGGGUGCGUGCUCAGUCCUCUCCUGUACUCCCUGUUCACCCAUGACUGCAUGGCCAGGCACGACUCCAACACCAUUAAGUUUGUCGACGACACAACAGUGGUAGGCCUGAUCACCGAACACGACAAGACGGCCUAUAGGGAGGAGGUCAGAGACCUGGCCGUGUGGUGCCAGGAUAACAACCUCCCCCUCAUCGUGAUCAAGACAAAAGAGAUGAUUGUGGACUACAGGAAAAAGAGGACCGAGCACGCCCCCAUUCUCAUCAACAGGGCUGUAGUGGAGCAGGUUGAGAGCUUCAAGUUCCUUGGUGUCCACAUCACCAACAAACUAUCAUGGUCCAAACACACCAAGACAGUCGUGAAGAGGCACGACAAAGCCUAUUCCCCCUCAAAGACUCCAGCCACCCUAGUCAUAGACUGUUCUCUCUGCUACCGUACGGCAAGUGGUACCGGAGCUAGGUCCAAAAGGCUUCUUAACAGCUUCUACCCCCAAGCCAUCAGACUCCUGAACAUCUAAACAAAUUUCUACCCAGACUAUUUGCAUUGCCCCCCCCCCUCUUUUACUCUGCUGCUACUCUGUUUAUUAUCUAUGCAUAGUCACUUUAACUCUAGCUACAUGUACACAACCGUUCAAAAGUUUGGGGUCACUUAGAAAUUUCCUUGUUUUCGAAAGAAAAGCCUUUUUUUUUGUCCAAUUAAAAUAACAUCAAAUUGAUCAGAAAUACAGUGUAGACAUUUUUAAUCAGGAAUCAGGAAUUGUGGGUUCGAUUACAGGCUCAAAAUGACCAGAGACAAAGAACUUUCUUCUGUAACUCGUUAGUCUAUUCUUGUUCUGAGAAAUGAAGGCUAUUCCAUGCGAGAAAUUGCCAAGAAACUGAAGAUCUCGUACAUAUCUCAGGCUGGCAAUAAAAAGAAAGAUUAAAAAAAAAAUAAAAAAAAAUGUCUUUUUUUAAAAAAAAAAAAAAAAUGAAAAAAAAAAAGUUUUUUUUAUUAAAACAUGAUGGCAGUUUGAGAUAUGGCUGUUUGUCUUUGCAACUCAUGCCUAGAAUGGUCACAGCAUCACCGGAGUCGCCUCUUCAACUGUUUGACGUGGAGACUGGUGUUUGCAGGUCACUAUUUAAAUGAAGUGCCCAGUUGAGGGACCGUUGAGGGCUCCUGUUUCUCAAACCUAGACACUAAUGUAUUUGUUCCUCUUGCGCACCGGGGCCUCCCACUCCUCUUUCUAUUCUGGUUAGAGCCAGUUUGCGCUGUUCUGUGAAGGGAGUAGUACACAGCGUUGUACGAGAUCUUCAGUUUCUUGGCAAUUUCUCGCAUGGAAUAGCCUUCAUUUCUCAGAACAAGAAUAGACUGUUUCAGAAGAAAGUUAUUUGUUUCUGGACAUUUUGAUUCUGUAAUCGAACCCACAAUUGCUGAUGCUCCAGGUACUCAACUAGUCUCAAGAAGGCCAGUUUUAUUGCUUCUUUAAUCAGCACAACAGUUUUCAGCUGUGUUAACAUAAUUGCAAAAGGGUUUUCUAAUGACCAAUUAGCCUUUUAAAUUGAUUAACUUGGAUUAGCAAACACAACGUGACAUUGGAACACAGGACUGAUGGUUGCUGAUAAUGGGCCUCUGUACGCCUAUGUAGAUAUUCCAUUAAAAAUCAGCCGUUUCCAGCUGCAAUGGCCAUUUACAACAUUAACAAUGUCUACACUGUAUUUCUGGUCAAUUUUAUGUUAUUUUAAUGGACAACAAAAUUGCUUUUCUUUCGAAAACAAGGACGUUUCUAAGUGACCCCAAACUUUUGAACGGUAGUGUAUAUAUUACCUCAAUUACCUCGACUAACCUGUGUCCCCACACAUCAACUUUGUACCGGUACCCCCUGUAUAUAGCCUCGCUACUGUUAUUUUACUGCUGCUCUUUAAUUAUUUAUUAUUAUUUUUGUUAUGUUUUUUAAUCAACACUUAUUUUUCUUAAAACUGCAUUGUUGGUUAAGGGCUUGUAAGUAAGCAUUUCACUGUAAGGUCUACACCUGUUGUAUUCGGCGCAUGUGACAAAUAAAAUUUGAUUUGAAACACUUUUGUCAAUUACUCAUAUCGAUAUCACGUUGAAAUCAAUAGAGCGAGAGGGGGGAUAUCCGUUUGCGCGUCCUGUUAAAACUAGCACAGCUCAAAAACCACACAGAAUCUGGGAAUAAUUUAUAUAUCACUCAUAGAGGACAACUUGUAGAUGACAGCCAGCUACAUUUCAAAGUGUUGUAUUUUGAUUGAAGUGGGAUCGCCAACGCAAUAAGUGUAACACAAUACUUUUUUGUUAAUCACUCAUAUCAUUUACAUAUUGAAAUCAAUAGAACGUUUGCGCUGUUUAAACUUACAUUAUACAAAGGCCACACGGAAACUUGGAAUAACCUAUCCAUGGUUGAGUAAAUUAGAAUUUGUAUGGGUAAACAGGUGCGCGCCCUCAACAUUGACAGGAGCGGUCCAAACAAAACACGUGAAUAAAUUGACAAAACUCGUAAAUGGAAUGACAUAAACCCAAACUUGUUUCUCACAAGUGUAGCAUAGGUUGUGAGCUCUGCAAACAACGUGUCCUCUCCGACAAUCAGAAUGGUAAACAACAGUAAUAAUAUAUUGAAUGCAUUAACAGAAAUUACCGUAACCAAACAAACAUCGUAGAUUAGAAAUGAUGGGGAUUAACAGUAAAUGUACUACUGGUAAUGGGGAAUUGAUAGACGCUAACUAUCAAACGGCAAACAAUUCACAAAAUGAUGUUACGAAACAAUGAAUGCGCUUGAAUUGUCUGGAGAGAGACAUGCCUUGUGCAUUUUAGCCACACUCCCCUUCAUGUCGCAACAUUUUAAAUUAUACCCAAUACACAUUAUAUUCACACAUACUGUAGUCCUAAGGAAUACUCUCUCAAACGGUGUCAGGUCCAAAGCAGUAGGCAUUAUGGAAAACCAAUUUCACUUAUUGUCUCAUUCUCCAUUUUAUCAAAUGUAUUGGCGUGCCAAGGCAUAUCUGGCAGGCGUGCCUUGCGUUGCAGAAUGACUUUGCCAUCCCCGCUGCCUCCGCAGUGGAUUAGUCCACUGAGACAGGCGGGAAUCAGACAGGUUUCUCGUGUGCCAUAAAAUAAAAAUAUAUACAAUUUGCGACUGCUCUAUUUAAAAAAUCUGUCGACCAACAACCUAUCGACCAAACAAUAGACCAUUUGAUUAAAUGGGGUCAGCCCUAUUGCCAUUUCUACAGACGUGGUAGAGGGUUCCAUAGAGCAAUGCCUGCAGUGCAGGUGUUUGUCAAUUGCAGGGCUGGUCAACCCUGGUCCUGGAGGGCUGCAAGUGUUUUUAGCCUGAUUCAAAUAAUCCACUAACCGUAGUCUUCCAUUUAGACGUCAAUACGUUUUAUCAGGUAUGUUACAGCUGGGCUGGUUCGAAACCAAAGCCUGCACACACUGCAGCCUUCCAGAACCAAGACUUGCCACCCUCAGUCCAUUGCUUGUUUUGCCAGAUUAUGGAUUAAACUCACUCAUUCCUGUGUUCUGUCUCUAUGUGUGUGCUCCUGUGCUAUGCCCCCUGUGCCUCGCCCUGUCCUGUUAGCCUGAAAAUGGCUGUUUUUGAAGAUCAGGAAGAGGAGAGACGAGAGGAGGAGCAACUCAAACGGAAUAUGGCCAAGAGGAAGAAAAUGAAUUGAAGCCCUAAAAACAUAUUCCUUGUCCCAUCUUUGACGAGAAACAAGUGGAAGCCGACUUAAGUUAAGACAGUGGUUGUGUCUGCAUGUGUUAACAAAUCUCCUGUUUUGUUUUUGUCUCCACUUCUCCCAGUUUACGCCUGGGUAUCAAGGAGGAUGAGGAAGAGUUGCGCUUGGAGGAGGAAGAGAUGAAAAAGAAAAUGGCAAUGAAUGCGAAACGAAAAAAAGUUUGA